AAUUACCUGUUCCGCCAGAACUGAUGUGAGCGCGAGUUGGCGAGCACAUGCCACGUUGGGAGAAGAGCCAAAAUCAGAAGUGAACUGCCUUUACAGCACCAGCAACAGGGGCUCGCGAGGACCAUUCUAAUUUAAUCCACCUUCAAAAAAAAAAACCUCAACCAAGUGGUUUUAACAAACCUUUGAAACAAGCAGCCGACUAAGGAUCUGAGAGACCCGCAAGGAUGCACUUGUUGUCCGCCAGCUGCGUGUGUGCCCUCCUCAUCACCUCGCUCCUCCGCCAAGUCGGCGGUUUGGAGACUUUUAUUGGCCUGUAUGGGGAAACACUCGAGAUCCCGUGCAACAAUGGAGCCAUGAAAGCAGAGGACAUCCUGAUCACUAAAUGGAAAUAUGACAAAGGAGAUGGACUUUCGGGGGAUCUGCUGGUCAAGAAAAACCAGAAUGUCUUAAUCAGCGCCACUGAUGAGUACAAGGGCCGUGUGAGCAUGGCUGCAAACUCCAGCCUGCUUCUUUCUGCAGCCAGGCUGACUGACCAACGCACUUUCACCUGCAUGGUGGUGGCUAGUGCAGACAUCAGAGAAUUCCCGGUUAACGUUGUGAUCUACAAGACGCCGGCAAGCCUGGAGAUUUCUGACAACGCGCAGGAACUAGAGAUUGGCAAACUUACUAAGCUCGGGAAAUGUGUUGCAAAAGACGCCAAUCCAGCUGCAAAUAUCACAUGGCUGAAGAACAACACACCACUGGUGGCGGACGGGAAAGGGAUUUCCAUCAAAGCCUCAGUGCUGGUGGACCCUGUCACUGGCCUUUCAUCCACUAGCUCAAUACUGGAGUACUCGGCCAAGAAGGAAGACACGGACGCUGAGUUCACCUGCAGCACUCAGCACACUGUGGGCGCCGAGCUGGUGUCCGCUCCAGUCACCCUGACUAUCACCUACACCACAGAGAACAUCGGCCUUCAGGUCAUUGCUCAGGACCCUCUAAAAGAAGGAGACAAUGUGACUCUGAAAUGUGUGGCAGAUGGUAACCCAGCUCCUACCGCCUUUAACUUCCACCUUAAGGAAGAGUUGGUGAAAGUGGAAAACGCAGAUACUUACACCAUCACGAAUGUCUCACGUAACACCACUGGUGUAUACAAAUGCUCUCUUGUUGACGACCCAACAAUGGAAGCAUCUAAGGACAUCACAGUCAACUACCUAGACAUCAAUUUAAGCCCCUCUGGAAAUAUCGUUAAGAGUGCUGGUGAGGCCAUGGAUCUAACUCUCCAGAUUGAUUCCUCCGGAAACAACAAGGUCUCCUGGACAAAGGACAAUGUUAAACUGGACAAAAAACCCAAGUUUACCAAGCUGACUUACGCUGACUCUGGCGUCUAUGAAUGUGAGGUGACGAAUGGGGCCCUCAGCCUAAAAGCUUCCCUUAAGCUGGCUGUCCAAGGUGCUCCAGUUAUCAGGCAGCUGUCCAAGCUUCGCAGUGAAGACGGCAAACAUAAAGUCCUGAUUUGUGAUGUUGAAGGUUCUCCAAAGCCAGCUGUUUCCUGGAGCAUCAACGGCACCUCGCUUGAUGAGAGUCCCUUCCUCAACGGGAAGAUAAAACACAAGAUCACAGUUGUGCCUAGUGCAAAUCUGACUGUCUCUUGUAUGGUGUCCAAUGAGUUUGGCUCGGAUAGCAGAACUAUAAAUGUGUCAUCCCUAUUUGAGGAGGUGAGAAUGGAUAAACAAGACCAAUCGGAUGAAAAUGACCAAACCAAGUUGGUGGUUGGAGUUGUAGUCGGUCUCCUCAUCGCCACUAUUGUUAUAGGCCUGGCAUACUGGGUCUACAUGAAGAAGUCCAAGCAAGGAAGCUGGAAGACUGGUGAAAAGGAGAACGGGUCUUCUGAGGAGGAGAAAAAACUGGAGGAGAAAGUGGAGGAGAACAGCCAAAAAGCUGAGGUGUAAAGAAACAGCAACCAUCCUUUGGGAAUGUGAAAGUGAGAACGUGGAACUCUUGCACAUUUCUCUUCACUUCUGUCUUUGGGGGAAAAAAAAUACGAGUGUACAUUGGAAUGAAUACGGUUUGGAUUUGGUUUCAGGGAGAAUUUGACUAAAAAGCAUAUCCAAACACGCCCCGAGCCCCUCCAACCCUCACCCCUCCAUUCCUAAAAAAAAAGAAAAGAAUGGAUACUGUAUGUGAUAUACAUAACUUGUCUGCACUACUGAUACAUGUGUAAACUUCUUUAUCUAUUAUUAGGGUUCAUGUUUGGAAUUUGGGACUCUGAGAAAAUGCAGAUCUUUUUGGUUUUGUUAGUUGAUGCCAGUAUAAUUACUACUAGACCAGUUGCCUUUGAUGUAAGGAUGUGUAGGCCUGCAUUAGUCUGACUCUUUGGCCCUCGGAGACAUAGCAGGGACCAAGGGACAUCACCGUUAUCGCUUCUUAGCUUCACGUAAUCACAGUCAAACAACCUCUGCCUACAACAUCAGUGUACUAAAUCUGUUUAUUUGUGCAUUCAUUAUAGUUUGUUCAUUCAGGCGUUACAAAAAAAUUGAAAUAGAUGAAAUUCCUGAAAGGGCUAUGGGUAUAUUGUUAUACUCGGCAUAAGUUGUAGAUGGUAAUAUGAUUUACAUGUUGCAUUGCAGGAAGUAGGCCAUGUGCCACAAAGUUCUUUGCAAAGUAACCAGGAGAGAAAACAACAGAAACUCAGUUCAUUUUGCCAGUUUCUUUUUUCAAAUGCACUGUACACUCGACAUAACCACUGCAUAACACAAGCAGGUAGAUUAUUGAGAGAAUGUAUAGCAUAACUCAACUCAUAUCACUGGCUUUAAUUUGGCUGUACAGAUUGUUUUACAUAAAGCCAUCGUUUGUUUUCAUGCAAGAAGAAGUCCUUGAGCCUGUAGUAGUGAAAUUCCUUUUUAGUUUCAAGGCUGUAAGUGAAUUCUCAAUUUGUGCUUCAUCAGUGUUAAGGUAUGAUUGUUUAUUGUGUAGCUAUAUGGCAUAACUUCGUAAUGGAGCACACGGAGAGGAUAAUGUGUUUGUCUCAAAGUAGCCGUCAUGAUAUGUUUGCCUUUCUUUGAAAAUCUACCUGUAAUGGCUUCAGUUUGUGACGUGCCCUAGGGUUCAUGUUUUCAUGUCAGAUUUGUGUAGAAUACGAUGGAAUACGCACAGCUGUACAUGUCACAAAUUUGGUCCUUUUAAGAGCAUUUACUAAAUUAAAAAAAACCAGGAUGUGAUUGUGAAGUAUGUGAAUUUAAUUUUCUCUUUGCUAUUUAUAUUGUACAAGAUAAAAUGUCCUGGUAGGCAAAUUCAAUAAUUGUCACAUAAUUCAUAACUUGGAUUGAAACCGUAACAAAACGUAAAUUGCUUGCAGACUUUACAAAAAUGUAAUGAAGUUGUGAUUCAUCAGUAGGUUGCUCAGCAUCUGGUUGAAUAAUAGAUUCAGCAUGCGAUCAUCUCAGACCUCCAAGCUGCUGUUUGUUGCCUACCUUGUGUAAAACCAUCAAAUUGGAAGAAUGACCAAAGAAAGUGAACAUGCCAUGCAAGUAUUGUAAAUACCUGAUGUUUGUUUUUUUGUACUUUUGUUUAAAAUAAAGUGUACAUUUGGAAAA